CCCUAACCCUAUUUAUAAAAUUACAGACACAUCGGUUCUUCCUUCACCUUCACAACUUCACUCUCAAAUCGCCCAUUCUUCUGCAAAAUGAAAGUCAUCGCUGCGUAUUUGCUCGCUGUCUUGGGAGGCAACACUGCCCCUUCCGCCGAUGACCUAAGGGACAUCCUUGGCGCUGGUACACUCUUCUCUAUUGCAACGUUUUCGUAUUUUCAAUCACCGUUCAGAUUUAUUUCAAUUGGAGCAGAAGCGAAUGAUGACAAUAUCAGUAACUUCUUGUCCGAAGUGAAGGGCAAAGAUAUUGCAGAGGUUAUUGCCGCCGGUAGGGAACAAUUAGCCUCCGUGCCUUCUGGCGGUGGAGCCGCCGUUGCCGUGGCCCCUGCUCCCGGAGGAGGUGGUGGUAGUGCUCCGGCCGCUGCCGAAUCGAAGAAAGAGGAAAAGGUGGAGGAGAAGGAGGAAUCAGAUGACGAUAUGGGUUUCAGUCUAUUUGAUUAAUUGGUAAGCUGUUCACCCUUGGUUCAGAACAUAUUACCAAUUUAGGGUACUUUAGUUUUGCAUUUUAUAUUUUUUUUUUGUUAAAGUAGUAUUCAUGCCAGAGAACUGUGUGAAAGAAUUCGGCUUAAUAUUGUUUACGUUCGUGAUGUUAUGGAAGUUUCGUGAUGUUAUGGAAUUCAUGUUUACUUUAAUGCUAGACACUUUCUUUAUUGGAAUUCAGUGUAUGUGUCUAUCGAUUGGAGUUAAUAGGGGUUAUUUAUUCAAUUGAAAUUCACACGAUCAAAAUUUUUCAGUGUCACUGAAUGGUGGAUGAUAUUGAAGACUACUUUGGCUAGUAUUGGUGAAACAAAUCAUGCGGUACAAAAAAUAAAAGAUUUGGCUGUGAGAUCCUACUUGAAAUAUAGGAAGUAAUGGCUAUAGUAUGUCCAGAUGAAUGAUUAUUUCAUGUUUAGUAGUAUGAAAACAAGAAUGCACACAGAUGAAACUACGCGUAACGAAGCUACUUACACAUGGUUGUUUAAUAACAGGAGUAAGUAUGGUGAAAAAGGUUGAGAGAGAGGUGUAGAUAAACUACUAGGCAUGUAUUCCUUGAAGUCGGAUAUAAAAUUUUUAAAGAAAUUUUCCGCUUGCCAUAUAACCACAAAAAAUUUGUGUCCUUCCGAAAGAGAUUCUUUCGUAUUUUAUGGGCCAAGGGCACAAGAAGACGUAUAUUAUUCAACUAGCAAAGGAAAGUCCAAAUUCUUUGCCCGAGGCUGGAGCUAGCAACUUUGGUUCCACCCCCAAAACACCUGCACAAGUUUCCCCUAUUUUCAGUCACAAUGUCCAAAACUUAGGCUUUGGUAAAUUCUGGAUUGUUGUUUGCCUCCAAAUAGCACUGUCUCACGGACAUUGUCGCCAUAAUUGUCCAGGCAGUACAAAUGCACUGGAAUAAAGGUAUGGAAGGCUAUCAUACUCAACUAUUUUCCCAUUUUCAGUUGCUUUGAUGGUCUACGAUGAACAAAACACGCACAAAAUGUGAUGACAUCAGCAAGCAUGAUGCUUAACAAGAGACUCUCAUGAAGGGAUAAAUCUUUUUCUUUUUUUUAACAUUUCAAAGGAUAAAUAUGAUUAGUAGUCACUUUUAGGAAAAUGAAUGCCACGGUCAAAAGGGCCUUUAGCGUGUAAAUGGUAUGUUCAAGUUUUUUAGCAUAAAUGGAGAAACA